AUGUCUAAACAGAUCGAUAGGGAGAGUGGUGGCGACGCUAAAAAAACUAAUGCGUCCGUCGCGCGUGGCAUUGGGCUGGAAAAAGUGGCGGCAAAUAAGGUCGAGCGCGGUCAAGAGAAGUCCGGCAAGAAGAAGGAAGACAAGGGGAAGCAACCAACGCCACACAAGCGUUUUUCUACUGUGAACAAAGAUGCGGAUGUUGCCUUUGCUGGAACCAAGCUCGGUACGAGUAACGAUGGCACCACUGGCGGCAACGAAGAUCCGGCGCGAGGGAGCGCGAGUCUUGCAGUCCCGUCGGCGGAGAGGGAGGGAUCGGCGACAGGGGGAAACCACGGAAGCGAUUCCCGUGCUGAGCAUGCUGCAACCAAGGAGUCUGAGGCGGAGGCAUCGCAACACCAUCUGACGCUGCUCCAGCCGACCGUGGUCGAAGUUUCUGCAGCCGUGCUGGAUAAGGACAAGGUGGGGGAGCACGAGUCGAUGGAGGAUCCUAACCACAGCAUCGCCAACAUUGUUGGCUCUCCUCCUUCUGGUGGACGGGGAAGGCGAGGGCGGCGACAAGAGGAGGAGGAGGAGGAGGAGGAGGAGGAGGAGGAGGAGGAGGAGGAGGAGGAGGAGGAGGAGGAGGAGGAGGAGGAGGAGAAGGAGGAGGAGGAGGAGGAGGAGGAGGAGGAGGAGGAGGAGGAGGAGGAGGAGGAGGAGGAGGUGGCGGCAGUGAAGGGACGGGGCGGGCGUGGCAGACGGGUGAGUGGUACAGGGAAGGUGGGGGGCCGGACUCGCCAUUCCCAAAAACGCGGGGCAGUUGACGCCGCGCGCAGCGAAGCAGCGGGCAAGCCAAAGGCGCGUAAGGUGAAGGUCGAAAGUGAAGGGUGUGGUAAAAAGCAAGGGAGCCAAGGAGCAAAAGGGGAUGGAGGAGGAAAGGGUGGCCGCGCCAAAGGGGUUCCAGUGGGUAUCGGCAAGAAAAAACCUGCCGGUAAACGUCGCAGCGUCCACCAAAGCACCCCGCGGAAAGGUGGCAACGAGAAGGCGCAUGCUGCAAAAAAAACCGAAGGGACAGCAGAAAGGUGA